AUGGAGGCGGUUCUGAGCAGGCUGAGAGGGCUGAGUGCAGACGAGCUGCGAGAGGAAUUCACCAGGGCCGACCUCAAGUGCGGCCCAAUCACGGCUACCACCCGCGCCAUCUUCGAGAGGAAGUUGGCCCGCGUCCUGGCAGAAGCCGAGGGCAGCAGCAGCGCCACAGAGACGGACAGUAGCAGUAAUGCCACCACUGCAGGCCCAGGCAGCAGUGCAAUGGCCGCCAGUGCAGCAGAGCAGGCCAAACCGGUGCCAUCAUGUGCCACAACAUCAGCACCCACUGGCACUGACUCUCUUAAGGCUGUCAGUGAUGAGGUGGACUUUGGUUACGGAAUGGGGCUCAAUCCCCCAGAGGAAGAGGAACUUGGCCUGACAGUAAUGUCAAGGACCCCUUGUAAUAUCCGUGUGGAAGACCCUGAUUCUCAGUCUAAAGCAAAGACUCCUUCAAAGACAGCACAAAUGUCACCAACGUUGUUCUAUGGAGUGUGUCCGUUGUGGGAAGAUGUCUUGGCUACAAAUGGUAAGACGCAGUUUUUUCACUGGGACGGAUGUAAAAUAUCCGGGUGAUUCCUCACGAAACUAGAACAAAAGAAGACCAUGAUUUUUUAUUUUUUUUACUACAUUUAAUCCAUUGAAGGGACCUUUUGGAAGAAGGAUUGUUGACUUAUAUUUGACAUGUGUCGUAAAGCAUAAUUGAGAAAUAAUUAAUUUAAAUUAGAAUAUUUGUGACAUUUUGGCCUUACCCAGACCUCCUUUUAGACUAUAUUAUUUAAUCUGUAGGUGCUACAAAGCAAACGUUGGUGUUGUGUCAUACAGUGCAUUUGAAAGUAUUCAGACCCCAUGACCUUUUCCACAUUUUGUUACGUUAGUCUUAUUCUAAAAUUGAUUAAAUUGUUUUUUCCCCCCCUCAAUCUACACACAAUACCCCGUAAUGACAAAGCAAAAACUGAAAUAUUUUACAUUUUACAUUUACGUCAUUUAGCAGGCGCUCUUAUCCAGAGCGACUUACAAAUAGGUCCAUUCACCUUAUAGCCAGUGGGAUAACCACUUUACAAAACAAUUUUUUUUUUGGGGGGGGGGGGGGGGUAGAAGGAUUACUUUAUCCUAUCCCAGGUAUUCCUUAAAGAGGUGGGGUUUCAAAUGUCUCCGGAAGGUGGUGAGUGACUCCGCUGUCCUGGCGUCGUGAGGGAGCUUUUUCCACCAUUGGGGUGCCAGAGCAGCGAACAGUUUUGACUGGGCUGAGCGGGAACUAUGCUUCCACAGAGGUAGGGGAGCCAGCAGGCCAGAGGUGGAUGAACGCAAUGCCCUCGUUUGGGUGUAGGGACUGAUCAGAGCCUGAAGGUACGGAGGUGCCGUUCCCCUCACAGCUCCGUAGGCAAGCACCAUGGUCUUGUAGCAGAUGCGAGCUUCAACUGGAAGCCAGUGGAGUGUGCGGAGGAGCGGGGUGAUGUGAGAGAACUUGGGAAGGUUGAACACCAGACGGGCUGCGGCAUUCUGGAUGAGUUGUAGGGGUUUAAUGGCACAGGCAGGGAGCCCAGCCAACAGCGAGUUGCAGUAAUCCAGACGGGAGAUGACAAGUGCCUGGAUUAGGACCUGUGCCGCUUCCUGUGUAAGGCAGGGUCGUACUCUCCGAAUGUUGUAGAGCAUGAACCUACAGGAUCGGGUCACCGCCUUGAUGUUAGCGGAGAACGACAGGGUGUUGUCCAGGGUCACGCCAAGGCUCUUCGCACUAUGGGAGGAGGACACAACGGAGUUGUCAACCGUGAUGGCGAGAUCAUGGAACAGGCAGUCCUUCCCCGGGAGGAAGAGCAGCUCCGUCUUGCCAAGGUUCAGCUUGAGGUGGUGAUCUGUCAUCCAUACUGAUAUGUCUGCCAGACAUGCAGAGAUGCGAUUCGCCACCUGGUUAUCAGAAGGGGGAAAGGAGAAGAUUAGUUGUGUGUCGUCAGCGUAGCAAUGAUAGGAGAGGCCAUGUGAGGAUAUGACAGAGCCAAGUGACUUGGUGUAUAGCGAGAAUAGGAGAGGGCCUAGAACUGAGCCCUGGGGGACACCAGUGGUGAGAGCACGUGGUGCGGACACAGCUUCUCGCCACGCCACUUGGUAGGAGCGACCGGUCGGGUAGGACGCAAUCCAAGAGUGAGCCGCGCCGGAGAUGCCCAGCUCGGAGAGGGUGGAGAGGAGGAUCUGAUGGUUCACAGUAUCAAAGGCAGCAGACAGGUCUAGAAGGACAAGAGCAGAGGAGAGAGAGUUAGCUUUAGCAGUGCGGAGAGCCUCCGUGACACAGAGAAGAGCAGUCUCAGUUGAAUGACCAGUCUUGAAACCUGACUGGUUUGGAUCAAGAAGGUAAUUCUGAGAGAGAUAGCAAGAGAGUUGGCUAAAGACGGCACGCUCAAUAGUUUUGGAGAGAAAAGAGAGAAGUGAUACUGGUCUGUAGUUGUUGACAUCAGAGGGAUCGAGUGUUGGUUUUUUGAGAAGGGGUGCAACUCUCGCUCUCUUGAAGACGGAAGGGACAUAGCCAGUGGUCAAGGAUGAGUUGAUCAGCGAGGUGAGGUAAGGGAGAAGGUCUCCGGAGAUGGUCUGGAGAAGAGAGGAGGGGAUAGGGUCAAGCGGGCAGGUUGACAUUAACGUAAGUAUUCAGACCCUUUACUCAGUACUUUGUUGAAGCACCUUUGGCAGCGAUUACAGCCUCAAGACUUCUUGGGUAUGAUUCUACAAGCUUGGCACACCUGUAUUUGUGGAGUUUCUCCCAUUCUUCUCUGCAGAUCCUCUCAAGCUCUGUCAGGUUGGAUUGGGAGCGUCGCUGCACAGCUAUUUUCAGGUCUCACCAGAGAUGUUGGAGCGGGUUCAAGUCCGGGAUCUGGCUGGGCCACUCAAGGACAUUCAGAGAAUUGUCCCGAAGCCACUCCUGCGUUGUCUUUGCUAUGUGCUUAGGGUCGUUGUCCUGUUGGAAGGUGAACCUUCGCCCCAGUCUCAGGUCCUGAGUGCUCUGGAACAGAUUUUUAUCAAGGAUCUCUCUGUACUUUGCUCUGUUAAUCUUUCCCUCGAUCCUGACUAGUCUCCCAGUCCCUGCCGCUGAAAAACAUACCCACAGCAUGAUGCUGCCACCCAUGCUUCGCCGUAGGGAUUGUGCCAGGUUUCCUCCAGACGUGAUGCUUGGCAUUCAGGCCAAAGAGUUCAAUUUUGGUUUCAUCAGACCAGAGAAUCUUGUUUCUCAUGGUCUGAGUCCUUUAGGUGCCUUUUGGAAAACUCCAAGCGGGCUUUCAUGUGCCUUUUACUGAGGAGUGGCUUCCGUCUGGCCACUCUACCAUAAAGGCCUGAUUGGUAGAGUGCUGCAGAGAUGGUUGUCCUUCUGGACGGUUCUUCCAUCUCCACAGAGGAACUCUAGGGCUCUGUCAGAGUGACCAUUGAGUUCUUGGUCACCUCCCUGACCAAGGCCCUUCUUCCCCGAUUGUUCAGUUUGGCCGGGCGGCCAGUCCAGGAAGAGAGUCUUGGUGGUUCCAAACUUCUUUCAUUUAAGAAUGAUGGAGGCCACUGGGUUCUUGGGGACCUUCAAUGCUGCAGACAUUUUUUGAUACCCUUCCCCACAAUCCUGUCUCGGAGCUCUACGGACAAUUCCUUCGACCUCGUGGCUUGGUUUUUGCUCUGACGUGCACUGUCAACUGUGGGGCCUUAUAUAGACAGGUGUGUGCCUUUCCAAAUCAUGUCCAAUCAAUUGAAUUUACCGCAGGUGGACUCCAAUCAAGUUUUAGAAACAUCUCAAGGAUGAUCAAUGGAAACAGGAUGCACCUGAGCUCAAUUUUGAGUCUCAUAGCAAAGGGUCUGAAUACUUAUGUAAAUAAGGUAUAUCUGUUUUUUAUUUUUAAUACAUUUGCAAACCUUUCUAAACCUGUUUUCGCUUUGUUAUUAUGGGGUAUUGUGUGUAGAUUGAUUAGAAUUUUUAUUUAAUCAAUUUUAGAAUAAGGCUGUAAUGUAACAAUGUGGAGAACGUCAAGGGGUCUGAAUACUUUCCGAAUGCACUGUAUGAAGCUGUACCACUUGCUCUGCUAUGAGUAGUACUUUGAUUUCAAUUCUUAAAAAUCUGACAUUAAUUGAUCAAUAUAGAAAAAUUAUAAACAUGCAUAUUUAAAAUAUACUUUUUUUGAUUUGCCAAUUUUUUAAAUAUAUUGUUUAAUAUAAUAUACUCUACCGCAGGGCUGCCCAAUUCCAGUCCUGGAGGGCCGAACACUUCUAUUUUUGUUUCUACCUGGUAGUUAAUUGCGCUCACCUCGUGUCCCAGGUAUGAAUUAUUCCUUGAUUAGGAGAGGAUGAAACCCAGAAGUGUUUCAGUACUCCAGGAUUGGAAUUGGGCAGCCCUGCUACAGUCCAAUGGCGGCGAGCUUUACACCACUCCAGCCGACGCUUGGCAUUGCACAUGGUGUUCCUAGGCUUGUGUGCGGCUACUCGGCCAUGGAAACCCAUUUCAUGAAGCUCCUGACAAACAGUUAUUGUGCUGAUGUUGCUUCCAGAGGCAGUUUGGAACUCUGUAGUGAGUGUUGCAACUGAGGACAGACAAUUUUUACACCCUUCAGCACUUGGCGGACCCGUUCUGUGAGUUUGUGUGGCCUACCACUUCGCGGCUGAGUCGUUGUUGCUCCUAGACAUUUCUACUUCACAAUAACAGUGCCUACAGUUGACCGGGGCAGCUCUAGCAGGGCAGAAAUUUGACUAACUGGUUUGUUGGAAAGGUGGCAUCCUAUGAUGGUGCCACGUUGAAAGUCACUGAGCUCUUCAGUAAGGCUGUUCUACUGCCAAUGUUUACCUAUGGAGAUUGCAUGGCUGUGUGCUCGAUUGUAUACACCUGUCAGCAACGGGUGUGGCUGAAAUAGCCGAAUCUACUAAUUUGAAGGGGAGUCCACGUACUUUUGUAUAUAUAGUGUAUAUGUCAUGUAUUUGUAUCUGAAAGCAUAAUUAUUAUGCUUAAGAUUCAAAUGUAUAUCGACAAUCCUUCCUCCAAAAGACCUAUGAAUAAUCAUCGUCUUUCUUUGUUCUAAUUUUUGUGAGGAAUCACCCAUCCCUGAAAUGUACUUUGGCCUGUUAAUCAGUCAAAAGUUUAUGUAAUUAUUUAUUUUCACAUGCAAAGGCAGAGAACUGUUGGAAAGCUAGCUAUGUUGAUACGAGAAUGAACUUGACCCUGCAUGCUGUCACACCACAGUCAAGGUCCAAUUCAAACAUUUUAUGUUGCUGUGUUUGAUUUGACAUCAUGCUCUUCAGGGGUUAUUUUUGUUUUGACUUGAAGUCAGUGGUUGAGAUCCAUAGAACAUCUGUCACCUUAUGGCCUUCUGCAUUAGCAUGGCGACUCCAUUUUUCUUAGCAGUAGUAAGACUUUGAGCUGCUUUGCUUGUGAUGGCAUAUCUGACCAUGAUCGAUUCUAAAUCCAAUUCUGGAAUGUUUCUAUUUGUAGGUAGACAUCAGGAGCUAUCUAAACAUACAUUUUCAAUGUUUAUUUGUUCUUCCUGUUCCAGAGAGGGCCCACGUGUAUGGCGAUAAGAAGGAGGCUCUUCAGGCUGUUAAGAUGAUGAAAGGAGCUCGCUUUAAAGCCUUCUCCAGUCGAGAGGAUGCUGAGAAAUUUGCCAAAGGGAUCUGUGACUACUACCCCUCUCCCAGUAAAUUUGCCCCCUGUGUCUCUCCUGUCAAACCAGGCCUGGUCUUCUGCAAGGGUGAGUGUUGGGCUGAGGACAAUUUAUUAGCUCAGUACUUCUUUUAGAAUUCCUAGAGAAAUACACAAAGGCAGUGCUUUUCAAGGGUAUUUGGAUAGCAUUUCAUUUCUUGGACACGUCCAAAUCUCAAACGAGUAAGCUGUUAAUCGCAUUCUGCUGAUCUGUUUUAAUCUGUUGUCUCCAUCUCUCUGGUCUGUCGCUCUAGACAACAUCCCUGUCAUGGAGGUAGACACCGUCAACAGGGAGAGGGCCAACGGCUUCAAAAGCCCUCGCUGCCAGGAUCUGACAGCCAAGCUAAGGAAGGCUGUGGAGAAGGGGGAUGAGGUGGCCUUCAGUGAACUGGUCUGGAGCAACCCACGCUAUCUCAUCGGCUCUGGAGACAACCCCACCGUAGUGCAGGUGAGUCAGGGUGGAACAAUAAUCUAUAGUGGAUGUGCUCCAUCUUAAUAUAGCCUAUACUACUGCACCAGAUUGAUAUACUGUAAUGAUGAAGAUUGAUAUGAUGUGGUGUGGAUGAAAUCAAUCGGUAUGUAGUUUGCAGAAGAAUUAAUCCUAAAAGUUUUCCUCACACUAAAUUAAAUCCUCUGUGUGUUCCCAGGAGGGGUGUAGGUACAACGUGAUGCACGUGGCAGCCAAGGAGAACGAGCCAGGGAUUGCCCAGCUCCUGCUGGACACCCUGGAGAACCCUGACUUCAUGAGGCUCAUGUACCCUGAUGACCUGGAGGCCAUGCUGCAGAAACGCAUCCGAUACAUCGUGGACCUGUACCUCAACACUCCAGACAAAGCUGUGAGUAUACUUACGAUACUGCUCUCUCCAGUGGUGUAGUGGUGCCUGGAGAAGUGGGUAUACUCAAAUUGUGCCCGGCGAAGGAAAGGCGACCUGUGUGAAAAAUUUUUUUGACAGUGACACUCUGUACUGUGCGAGUAGGCUAAUAGUAGGACUGCUAUUGAAAUAGAUAAAUGAGGCUGUCAACUGAGUCAGAAAUUCACAGGUUUCUGAUUUUCCCCUUUUUGUGUGUAGUUAGGCCUACCUUUUAAUUCAACUGUGUAAGCACAUAGCAGAGAUUUUUUUUGGUUAGCGGUGUUUCUGUAGUGCACAUGAGAUGGAGUUUGCAAAACAAAUGGCCACUGGAUUGAUGCAAAUAAUCAUGAUAUCAUUCUGCCAGGUAGGCAUAGGCUACUUUGUAGCUAGUUAAUGUUUAAUUGAGAAGGUUUUGGGAAAGCCUUUCCAUCUACCAGAAGAUAGUUAGGCCUAUCAUUAGCGUCUAUAUUUUUCCUGUUUCUUAAUUGUUUGAAACCUGGACUUUUUAUUUCAUAUUAUGAGGCUUGUCUUACCUUGCUUCAAGUAGCAUUUAGCCAAAAUCAUCCCACCAUAGAAAUUAUUAUUUUAUAAAUACUUUCUCAUAUGGGCUCUUCUGUUCAAUUGGUUUUCAAAUCAACUUUCUUUCAUUGUCUAACAGCCAAAGGCAUUAUCUUAGUCAAAUUAGCAGUCCAUUAUACAGUAGUUUCAUCUUUUAGGUCUCUCUUUCUAAAUCUCUUAGUGGAUAUUUCCAUCUCUGUCCAUGUGCGGUGCGCAUUUUAGAACAGUGUUUUCUCGCAAAUUGCAUUUUGGGACAUUUGCGGUGAGGCCUACCGCCGUGUGCACAUUGCUGCGCUUAAAAUGUGAAGAAAUAAUAGUUGAUCAACAUUUUAAGCUAAACAUUCUGAUAUGUUCUAUCAGCCUUAAUUGAUACGGCGUAUACCUCCACUACACUACUUUGAUACGCAUCGUGGGGAUUAAGGAGGGAGUAUACACAAUGCCCACUAAAAGAAAGUGGGUAUACAGCGUAUACCUGCUUAUACCCUCCACUACACCACCGGCUCUCUCCAUAUGUAUCUUGCCUGUUGCCUUGUAGGUUUAACACUGAAUAAGCCUUUUAGCCUAUUCCCCUAUGCAGAUAAAAUAAUUGUAAAAACGGACUAAUGAAGUGAACUCUUUGAAACUACUUUUUGAGUGCAUGCCUAUUCCAUGUUUAGGUUUAGCUGUAACCGACUUGUGUGUUUUGGAUUGAAUUGCCUCUGUUUAUGCUGUAUGUGUUUAACUUUGGUUGUCUGUCCCAGGGCUUUGAGACACCACUCCACUUUGCCUGUAAGUUCGGGUGUCCAGAAGUGGUGAAUGUCCUGUGUUCACAUCCUGAUACAGAUAAAAACUGCAAGAACAAGUACGACCAGAAACCAUCUGAUGUGAGUUGCUCCAGAUAUAUAUAGAUUUUUAAAACUAGCUACCGACUGCUGAUUAGUCCACAUUACUAUUUGAUUUUCAUGAAAUUCUUCUGUUUCCCUGACAGGUUAUUUGUGAAAGAAAAAACAAAACCCAAGAGGUGAAACAGAAGAUAUGUGACUAUUUGGAAGGUAAGUGCACUGCCUCCCAAUCACAGGACUUAUGUUUUCCUAUUCUUACCUAUUUACCCAAUAACACCUUCUCUUCUGUCACAGAUCGCUGUUAUAUACCCUUAUUGAGGGCCACAGACAACUCAUCCCAGCCUGUCAUUGGUGCUCCCUGGUCACCUGAGCCAUCAGAAACUCUUCCUCAUUCGCUGGCUCCCAGGCUCACACGAAGUCCCAUGGAUCCAGUGAUGGCAGUCAGGGCAUUCGCUGGCCCACUCAGCCCAUCUAAGGUCAUUAUCACAUUGUUCUCUUUCACCUCACUCCUUUUAUGUCUUCUUUUCACACCUUAUUUCUUUAUUUUCAUGUGGGAAGCUGUUGUAGAAACACAGGAUGUAUGUAACAUUAAUUGGUGUCUUCCUUGCAGGCAGAUGAGUUCCGCCGGGUGUGGAAGACCCCCCCCAGAGACAGGGCGGGGCACUUCCAGCACAUCCUGAAGUCUGACCCUGACCGUGGAGCAGAGAGAGUGGGCAGGUUCGUCUACAAGUCCACAACGUUCAACAACCAUGUUCUACUGUGUCUCCUUUACUUUACCAGUGCAGUCACUUUGACAUUUGAAUAUCUUAGAACCCGAGCGAAAAAAGGAAGAAUACAUUUUUACACACACUACAAUGUAGGCAUGCUUCUCCAACAGCAGUGUAUUAUGUGUUCCCUUACAGAGUCCUUGCCAGGGAGCUGGGCCAUCCCUGGGCUGAGUACUGGGACUUCCUGGACAGUUUCACAGACCUGUCGUCUGCAGACGGCCUCCGUAAGCUGGAGGAGUACCUCAACAAGAAGGACUUCAGUCAGCGUGCACACGAAGAGGCAGGGGAGAACGUAACCAGCAACCGCUUCAGAACCCCUUCCCCAGGUAAUGUUAUCCUCACCAGUUGCUCUUGAUAAACUGUAUAGCAGUGGUAUUGAAUUCCAAUUAUCAAGUUUGAGAAAGGAGAGGGAUGAGAUGCAGCCAUCACAGUCUUGAAUUGAUGUUCCUAUACUACUUUAGAUUGACCAGUAAAUGUAUUUCUUGUAGCUUAACAUGAACAUUUUCCCCUCCUCUCUGCCAUUCACAGUCAAGCCCAAAAAGUUCUGCAACUCCAUCUCAGUGGGGGCCUUCCUGGACGAGGGUGAUGACGUCAGCCUGGAGGAGUUAAAGAACCGUCAGAACGCGGCGCUCACCAGCAUCACCUCAGCGUGUUCUAAGGACAGUCUGGCGGGCGCCGUGGGUGGGCUGGGCCUCCGUGAGUUCCACAUCCUGCCCGUUUCCCACCACGGCGCCGAUGACCUCAUCGAGACAGCUGCCGAGCGAGACCUUCUGAGCUCCUCCAUGUCAGAGAGCCUCCUCUCGCCUGUCUGCAACAACGGCCUGUGUCCCUCCACGGGGGCAGAGAGGACUCACAAUGGGGACAAGAGGUCCCCCCGCACCUCCUCGUCCCCCUCCUGCCUGCUAUCGCCUAUCUCCAACCUGAUGGUGGAGUUUGAGAGGAUGUCCCUGCAGGACGGGCUGGACGGCCUUACCAGGGACAGGGAGCGGAGGAGGAGCGGGGGACACAGGGAGGGACUCUCCCGGGACGAACUGGCAUCCGGGGUGGGCCGCCUCACGCUGGGGGGUGACACCAACGAGGACUCUGUGUUUGAGAGGGGCUGUAGCUUGGAGCCUGGGGACAGGGAGAGGUGUGUGAGGGAGGGAGAGGUGGAAGACUGGGCCAGUGGUGGAAGCGGCAGCUCGGAGGAGUACUUCACGGCUGAGGAGAGCUUGGAGGCUCUGGGCCAGAGGACUAGGGGGCCAGGGACGGUGUCGGGGCGCACGCUCUGCGCCAGAUCUAAGUCGUGGGAUCACGGGGGGAGGGAUCUGAGCAGCUCCGGAUCAUCCAGCUCCUAUACGUCCCUGGACAACUCCCAUGAGUUCCUAGCACGGACCCCACCUCACAUCAGAAGAGGACUUUUCAUUGAAGGGUGAGUGAUGAGGAUUACGGUGAAGAUUCUGAGGUUUUUAAUUAAACAACAGAAAUGAAAUCUGCCAACACUCUUGUUUUGUCUUUCAGCGAUUCACCAACCAAGUUGGACAGAGAGGUCCUGUCAGCAAUAGAAGCCAUAGACAUCGACCCCUCGAAGUUCCCCAGCAUUCAGAAAUGGAAAAGCACAAUGCAGACAUACACCUCUUCAGACAUGCAAAGGUUGGUUUGACGAUUCUUCACAGCAAAAACAAUAAAUGCCUCCAUGCACAUGAACAGUUGUCAUUGCCUGCAAGUUAACUUGUAAAUAUGGAAACACAUUGACAAGUGCUUAAAAUGUAAGUUGCUAUCGUAUGGAAACAACCAAAUAAAUGCGGACUCUAAUUAUGGUUUUGUUUCUGUUUGUCUUUCAGCUGGCCCAGCCCUGUGGUGGUAAAAAGCAGAACCAGGGUACAUCAGGCCUCUCCCCUCACACACGGCUCUCCUGUCAGCAGUCAGGUGUCCCCUGCUGGUGGCCGCUUCAGUCCCGCCCGGCACACAGGCUCUCCAGACUUCCCCAGCCCCAGCCGCUACAGCCCUGCACACGCCAGCUACAUCCAGCGCAUCCGCCUCAGGCACAUCAACGACCCCUAG